AUGGUUGAGGAGAUCCUGCUUUCUAUAGAGGAAACCAAUAGGCUUCGGGCCCAGAUCGGGUUGCCUUUGUUGCCUGUGGAGAAGAAAGAAAAUUUGAAGAAGGGGGUUUCUGGAAAAGAUGAACUUUCCAUUGAAGAGACCAACAAGCUCAGGGCAUCUCUAGGUCUCAAACCGAUUGUUGUGGAGGAGCCCUUGAAUGAGCUGAAACCAGAAGAAAGUGUUGAUUUGCCCAAGAAGACGACGUCAAAUAAUCAGUUUAAGGUGGACACCGACCUGAAGUUGUUCUACAAUGAUGCAGGCUCAGACUGGCUUGAGAACAUAGGGAAAGGCAAGAAAGCUGAGAAGACCGCUGAAAAAGAGAAUAUCGAACAAUCUGAGGGAAUUGCCGUUGGCCAUGCUGCCCUGGCAUUAUCGGAUGUCAAAGACGGCGAUGUUUUUACCCUCGAGGACCAGAAUGUCUUGGUUGACGAGGAGGAACGCAUGGUGAAUGAAAAGAUAGCCAAGGCCGAGAAACUUCGAAAGACCGAGGCAGAAAAGCGGAAAAUUGCCACGUUGAAGUUUGGCGUCAGGUUCGAGGAAGACGAGGAGGAUGAGGCUGACGAGCUCGCUCAGGUUUCAGGAUCCACGAUUCUUCUACCGCAGAAGCAGGAUGUUGAGCCCCCGGUGAAGUCAGGAACGACAAAAAUGGGAGCUCUUUUUGACGACAUUGACGAGCCUAAGCCGGCAGCAGUCAAGUUCAAGAAGAAGUCAAAAAAGAAGAGUCUGUCGAAGAAACGAGAAUUGGACAACGACGCGGAGCUCGAAACCCACCAGCCGAUGGUAACUGAAGAGUUGAAAUUUGAGGCAGACGAUGGCGACGAUGAAAUCCAGAGUGUGCUAGCCAAGAACCGUGAGAAACAGCAGAAGAAAAGAAAACUACUCACUCCAGAGCAGUUGGCGCAGGAAAUUCAGCUGCACCAGCGUAUAGACUUGACAGAGAAGACAGGCGGUAUGGUUUUCGACGGAACCUCAGACUUUUUGAGCAGCAUUGGCCAGGCAGUUGAGGACGAUUCUAAAGAAGAGGUAAAGAAGGAGGCCGAAAAGGAUGUUGAAGAAAAGGUUACCGAGACCCAGGAUGAAGCAGUUCCACAGCUGGAUGGAAAGGCCGAGCCCGAGGAACAAGAAGCGUCCAGUAAGCCUAAAUUCGGCAGCAUGGCAGCUACACUCAGCUACCUUCGUGGCAAUAACAUGGUCAGUGCAGAACUGCAAAGGGAGAAGGAGGCCAGAAAACAACAGGAACAGAGAAUCAAGGAGGCAGAGCUCCAGCGAAUCGCAAUCUCGAUUGAAGAGCGUUCAGUCAAACAGGAAUUGGAGCUGGAUCUGUCGUACAAAAGACUCUCCAAAGAAGAACAAGACAGUACGCUUGACAAGAUCCUCAACGAGCGCCUUGUUGCAAAAGGUCUAGUGGAGGUACCCAAAGGACGAUACUCCAACUACAAUUCGGACCGUCUUUCCAGCUACAACCCCCAAGUAAACCUCAAGUACAAGGACCAAGACGGCAAUGAGCUCGACCGGAAGCAGGCUUUCAAGCAGCUCUCGCACAAGUACCACGGAACUGCGCCGAAGCACAAAAAGAAGAAGAUGGGAAACAAGUCCGAAGUGGAACAUGUUAUAAAUUGA